AUGGAAAGCAAUUUAUUGAUUGCAUAUGCUGCCUUAGGCACCAUGGCAGUUGUGCCGAUUUACUAUGGAUCAUUUGCUUCAGUAAAAUGGCCUAAAAAGAAAAAAACUGAAUGUGCCAAGUUUGAUCAUGAGGCAGAAUCUUCUGAUGAAGAGGAUUCUUCAACCGAAUCUUUAUCAACGGAAGAUGCUUAUCUUUUUCCAAUAAUUGGAUCCGUGGUGCUCUUUUCAUUAUACCUAGUUUUUAAAUUAUUGAACAAGGAUUAUGUGAAUUAUCUUGUUACCGGAUACUUUGCCUUUUUAGGCGUUAUCGCUGUAACAAAUGUUGGCGUGUAUAUUGUUAAGAACGUAAUUGGACUUAAAGUUGACUCUUAUAAAAUUAGAUUAACCAAAAAAGCUGAAGCAUUUGCAUUCAAUGCAAUCCAAAUGCUUUCGUUGGAUUCGUUUAAAACUGGAAUGAUCUUGUUGAGUGGAUUGUUUUUCUAUGAUAUAUUUUGGGUAUUCGGUACUGAGGUGAUGAUUACUGUAGCUAAAAGUUUUGAUGCGCCAAUUAAAGUAGUUUGGCCCAAACAAUUGCUUGGAUUACAACCAAAUGAAGCUUUACAAUUUACCAUGUUAGGGUUAGGAGAUAUUGUCAUUCCUGGAAUUUAUGUUGCACUUUGUCUUCGAUUUGAUCACAAUCUACAUUUAAAACGUAACCCCACAGCUAAAAAAUAUUCCAAAUUUUCAACACCGUAUUUCAACAGUUGUUUUACUUCUUAUAUCUUGGGCCUUAUAACCACCAUUGUAGUUAUGCAUACUUUCAAAGCAGCACAACCUGCUUUGCUUUACCUUUCACCAGCUUGUAUAAUUUCGGUGCUUGUAACAGGAUUAUUUAAAAUCAGAAAACGCACUAGUGAUAAAAAAAUUAGUAAUAGUGAAGACGACGAUGAUGAUACAACCAACAACAUUAUAUCUAGAACCAACGUUAUCACUACUACCGAAAUAAAAGUUGAAGAUGAUUCGAUAGUGGAAGAACAAUAA